GAGGAAAGGAGACAGGAGAGCCGCAGGAGCCCAGGAGUUACCUUCUCCGAUUCUGUUUCUGUUUUUAAAGCGAACUCGACUGCUACUGCCACCCAAUCACCAACUACUUUCCAUUCAAAGUGUUUGCGCGUGGCAGGUUUUUCUCCCAGAGGCGUUUCUUUUUAGAAAAUCACCAAGACGGACCCGAACGAGGACGACGAACAACGACCUUCCCUCACUUCUGCAAUCAUGAUGUCGAUGAAUAGCAAACAGCCUUUCAGUAUGCACCCCAUACUGCACGAACCCAAAUACACGCCUCUGCACUCCAGCUCAGAGGCCAUCCGCAGGGCCUGCCUGCCCACUCCAUCGCUUCAGGGCAACAUCUUCGCCGGCUUUGAUGAGACUUUGCUGCAGAGAGCCGAAGCUCUGGCCGCUGUGGACAUUGUGGCCCAGAAGAGCCAUCCGUUCAAACCGGACGCGACCUACCACACCAUGACCACCAUGACCAGCAUGGCCUGCACCCCAACCUCCUCCUCCGCGCACCUGCACCACCCAUCCGUGCUCACCUCCCACCACCACCACCAUCACCCGGGGCACCACCAGACGGCACAAGGUCUGGAGGGAGACCUGCUGGACCACCUCACACCGGGCAUCUCCCUGGGAGGCAUGCCUGGCUCAGACGUCUGCUCCACGGCCUCGCACACCGCCCACAUGUCGGCCAUCAACCACAUGCAGCACCACCACCAUCAGCAGUCUAUGAACAUGCACUCACACGGGCUGGGGUCCCACGGCUCCCUGGGGACCGGCGGCGUAGACGCUGAGCCUGAUCCCCGGGAGCUGGAGUCGUUCGCCGAGAGGUUUAAGCAAAGGCGGAUCAAACUCGGGGUGACCCAGGCGGACGUGGGCUCGGCCCUGGCCAACCUUAAGAUUCCGGGGGUCGGAUGUCUGAGCCAAAGUACCAUCUGCAGGUUCGAGUCCCUGACGCUGUCUCACAACAACAUGGUGGCCCUGAAGCCCAUCCUGGAAGCUUGGUUGGAGGAGGCGGAGCGGGCGCAGAGGGAGAAGAUGGCCAAGCCGGAGAUCUUCAACGGGGGCGACAAAAAGAGGAAACGAACGUCUAUCGCCGCCCCGGAGAAGCGCUCCCUGGAGGCUUAUUUCGCCGUGCAGCCGAGGCCCUCGUCGGAGAAGAUCGCCGCAAUCGCCGAGAAACUGGACCUGAAAAAAAACGUGGUCCGGGUUUGGUUUUGCAAUCAGAGGCAAAAGCAGAAACGAAUGAAGUUUUCUGCGACGCACUAAGAUCCGCGUUUCCAAAAAGACUAAUCAGAGACAAGCUGCUGCUGCACACUGUCAGAAAAAAACAAGGUACACCGUUGUGCCUUUUUGUUCCGGGGCCGGACCUGUUUGACACACAUCCAGGGCCCGACAAGUAUUUUAAUAGGCUAUCUUAUCGAGUCUUAAGAUAAAAGUUUUUAAUUAAGUGAUUUUGGCUUUUUCUGAAAUGAGCACUGAAAAUGUAAGCUGCUUCAACGCUCCAUUGGCUGAAUUUGUUAUUUAUUGAAGGAAAAAACACGUUUUCUUACCAAACAGUGGACUAAAUGUCUUGUUAAGAUUCAUUAGGCUUCAGUGUUGUCCACCUUGUAAAGGAGAAGCAUUCACAGACGUGGUUUUUGCACCAGUGCCUGAAUCCCAAUUGUGGAAACAAUUUCACAGAAAGUAUUCAAAGCAGGCAGCAACGUCUUGCUUCUGAAGCAUCUGCAAAGAAACCUGCAGCACCUCUCUGGAGUCUUUCAGCUAUAUUUUAGAGGCGCUGAGAGGUUUGGAUGCGGGACACCUGAUGAUUAUUCUCCACUCAGUAUGACCAGGAGCUGUUUUUUAAAUUGUUUUUGGAAGGUUCAGCCUCAUGCAGCUUCAAAAACAACUGGAUUCAACGGUGUACCUUUUUUUUUAUUCUGACAGUGGAGACGGCGCACUGGGACUUGGACUGGGAGAAAGACUGAGACCCUGUCCAAAAAACUUGAGACUCUUAAAUCUUUAUGCUUCUCCACAGAAUAAGCCGUUACUCUCUGAGAUAUGGGAGGAAGUGAUCACCAUCGUUGCAGAAAAAGAGGGGGAACACUGCUCCGUCCCAUUAAUUCUUAUGGCAAUUAUUGUACAAAAAAAUAAGCAUAAUAAUGACGGGAAUCGAGGAAUAAUCGAUAUUAUCCUCCUUAGUCGGAAUAGCUUUUUUAUAUUUAUCAAUGUACAUAUUUGUGAAUAUGUUGCACCUCCGUGUGUGGAAAAGCUGAUUGAAAUGUAUUGGAUUUUCGCUGUCUUUUCUUCCAGGUGUUUGUUUCUGUAAAGAAUUGGAUAGUUUUUUGGGGACAGAUCGUACGAAGAGAGCAAACGUGUCGAUCUGUGGCCAAAUUAUGAAGCACAGUAACAAUUUGUGAAAUCCUUUGCAUGGUUUACUCGUGAGGGGGAAAGGGGUGUUUUCUGUGCAUUUAUGGCUCCAAAAAUAUGAAAAUAACCCCCCCAAGUGAAUGCAUUGCAAUAAGAAGAAACACACACUCACACAAGCACACGCACGAAUAAACACAUUCACACGGUAUAGCUGUGUGGCUACCUCAUUACGCAAGUGUUGGCACGUUCAUGGUGAUUUAAAAACACACACACACACACACACACGCACACACACGCUAAAAAAGACGAGUAGGAUCAUUUUUGGUUUGUUUUCAAUGUGUUUUUUUUUUCCUUUGUGUUCCUCUUCCACCGGUUCAGUGGUGAAUUAGGCCUAGAUGACUCACUGAUGUGUAAACCUGUUGUAUGUUCAAGUUCACUGCAAUGAUGCUUUGACAAUCAAAUUAUUAUUAUUAUUAUUGGGCUAUUAUUAUUAUUAUUGACUUUGAGUUGUUGAUCUCCCCCUUUGUGUCUUCAUGAAAAUGAACAAUUUUGCAUUGUAUUAUUAUUAUUAUUAUUAUUAUUAUUAUUAUUAUUAUUAUUAUUAUUAUUAUUAUUAUGACUGACACCUUUCUGGAGCGCACUUUGUAGAUAUUCUGAUGAAGGGAAAUAGUCGGCCUUAUUUAUACAUUCUUUUUCCAUCACGUAAAACGUUAUUUUUUUUCUUUAUAUUGCACUUAUUUAUUUGAACUUAAUUUAUUUUGGAGAAAAAAAUACAUAUUUCAUUUGUGACAGUGUGCUUUAAAUGUGUAUGUGUAAGCGACAGAAGCUGAAAUA